AUGGAGAGCCGCAGUGAAGUCAGCGAGAGUGCCCACAAGGAGGCGAGUUCAGUCCAAAAGACCACCGAAAGCCAGUCCGCGGGCCAUACGCAAGAAGAUGGACCAGGAUUCAGCCCAUCAUGCCAGGUAAGUGGCAAGUGCCAAGAAGCAGAGGGCAAAGGCUCUGAGCAACGUGGUCCAAGAAGCGCAGGACGCCGUGGUAGUCCCGCCACGCAGGAACAUUUCCGUACCCUUCAAGACCUAGAAGGCGGCAUCGUGGCCGGAGAGCAGGAUUGCGAGGCCAGCCGACCUUCAGGUGAUGGGGAUGCUGUGCCAGGCGACAAAGUCGGGAUAUGGGAGCAUGAGACGGCCCAGGUACAUCAGAAGGGUGCCAACUCUGAGCGAGAUUGGAUGGAGGAGACCGAGGAGUUGGAGGCGACGAUCGGAUCGCCCAGCAACACGAGGUACUAUCGCACUGAGACGAAAUAA